UCCUCCUCCUCCUCCCCUCUCGCUGAUGCUGCCUCACCCCAAUUGACUAAAUGGCCGGAUUUAAAUAUUUACCGCUCAAUUUUCCAUCUGUUUUAACUGAAAACCUUGGCAGGAAAAUAUCCUGAGUAGAUUAGGUAAAUAUAAGGAAAAGGACUAAUACCCGAAGGCGACGAAUUGCACCGUUGGGCUCUAUUUCUAACAGUAUAAUAACGAGACCCAACCGGGCAGAUGUACUUGAUCCACUCAACAACAGAAUGGGUUUCUUUAUCAGUUUGAUAUUCUCUUGGUAUUGAGGUGUCCACUUCCAGCCCUGUAUUCCAGUACUUAUCAAGUAAUUGUUUUGUGAACUGUGGUCUUCUUUUGGUCAAAAGUGAUGGCUUUCAUCUUAAGGGCUUCGUAGUACACCUGGUGGCCAAUGUGCUCAGCCCACUUGUGAUAAGAGAUCAGUAAGAUCGGUCUGAGAACUGUUAUGGUUUCACUCUUGCCAUCUUCGUCAACAGGGUAGUUCCGAGGUCUCCAUCCGAGUCUUGUGCUCUAUGAAAACCAGUCGCGUUUACUCUUUUAAAUGACGCAGUGAUCUACUGGCCUGUCCUCAUGACACCUAACUCAGCCAGCUACUAAGUUCACCUUUGCGCAUCGUUUGCUACUGUGUUGGUAAGUUAGGAAGAGCGGAACUUUGGUUCGUGACAGCUGCUGGAUGCCAUACCGAAGACAGUUUGCUAACCCAGAAGUGUCGCCGAUCGUAUCCAUAAAAUCCAAACCCUCCUGCCCUGACCAAGUUAAAAGCGGAUUUAUUCAGCAGGGCUAGACGCUGUAAGCACCCGUACUGUUUUCUGCUGAACUGCGUCUAUCGUGUUUUACGAAACCCGCAUUGCCAAACUUCUGUGUUGAUUGUGUGGAUUUCUUCCUGUGGACACAAUUCCCCCCGAAGCUUUGGUGGUUCGGGCACACAGUAUCAUUCUGGUGGCACUUUUGCCACCGUCCCUCCUGAUGAGCCUGGGUGAGAAUCCGAAACAUCGGGCCAAUCGAUUUCUUGUUCCACAAAUCGCAUAUUAUCCUUUUAAACUGGCGCUUCUCCUGGUUCGAGAAUUCACAGUUGGGGUCAGGUUCUUGACAACUGUCGUUUUUUUGUUCAGUUUAUUUGAGGGAAAUAUAGGUGUUGAACCUUUGAACUCCCUAUUUGUUACAAGGAAGCGAACUAUAUCAAAAAGUUGAAAUGGAAACAUCAAACAGCUACAGAGUGUCUUCAGAUUGGCAAAGUUUUCGAAGCCAGACAGAUAAACGAAUUGUUCCAAUUGCAAAAAAACAUUAACGUUACCAAGUGUGCUGUGCAGUAGUCUGUCUAUGGAUAGUUGUUGCUAUCUCAGUUUCGGAGGGAGACGAAUUAGAUGCCAACACACAUUCAACAGACAUUGGACAAUAAUAAAAAAAGCAAACGUUACUGAAAUACAGGUAGUAAUAUAACAACAUUAACAAACUUUUCGAACGAUAUGCUUGACGUUGUCGGUUAGGUGGCAUUAUGACGUUUGGUGGUACACUGGUCCAACUUGCGCUUAAAAGCCUCGACGGAGGUGGACAUGACGACAUCUGUAGGCAGAGCAUUCCAGGCCUCGAUCACUCUGUUUGAAAAAAAGAACUUCCGAAUGUCCAGCUUGGCGCCAGUUACGCGUAGCUUAAGUGGAUGACCUCGGAGGUUCGUUGUGGUCGCUAACUCAAAGAAAUCAGCAGGUACGAGACAGCAGUCGUGGCCGCGCAGUAUACGGAAUGUUUGUAUAAGGUCGCCUCUUAGCUGUCUGUAACUCAGUGGAAAAAGUCCGAGAUUGGACAAACGUGUUUCAUAGGGUAGUGAACCCUGUCCACUUACGAGUUUGGUCGCCUGCCUUUGGACUUUCUCAAGGAUGCUGAGAUCUUUAGAGGUCCAGGGUUUCCACGCCUGAAUAGCGAACUCUAGCUGUGGCCGUACGAAAGUCCGAAAGACUUUAACGAAGCAGUCCUCAUCGAAGGCAGAGAAAGCUCUCUUGACACUUGGCAUUCAAUUCUUAAACAUCCUUGACUGCCAGGUUUUGCGUCCUCCAUAGAUCUGACUAUAUCGAGUCCACUUUGUGGAGAAGCGGUGAUAGUCUAGCAACGUCCUUGGGCUUAGAGCCCACAAGCGGAUGGUACCGAAUGCGCGACGGCAUUCGGCUACUGGUCAAAAGUCUAAUCAAGUGUGAGUAGCUUGCUUGGGCCAGGCCAAUCGGAUCUUGUACCUGCUGUACGCCUAAGCAACACACAACCACACUAGGAUGCGCCUUCUCGAUCUGUGCUGAAGCAUGUCCCCGCAUGGGAAUCUGGAUGGGCACAGCUACCGCCCGUCUUUAUUAAGGCGGAUCUUAUUUCGUAGCCGUUCCUGCAGUAGACAAGCCCCAAGCUAACCCCUAACCAUAGCCCCUAACCCUAAACCUAACCCUUGACCUCGGCUUGUGGGUAACGGCUUCUCUAAAAUCGUCGCUCCACUGCUCCAAGGUAGCCAAGUCUGCGAUGUCAGUCCUUUAUCUUGUUAAGAGAGCUUUCUCUACCUUCGAUGAGGACUGCUUCGUUAAAGUCUUUCGGACUUUCGUACGGCCACAGCUAGAGUUCGCUAUUCAGGCGUGGAAACCCUGGACAUCUAAAGAUCUCAGCAUCCUUGAGAAAGUCCAAAGGCGGGCGACCAAACUCGUAAGUGGACAGGGUUCACUACCCUAUGAAACACGUUUGUCCAAUCUCGGACUUUUUCCACUGAGUUACAGACAGCUAAGAGGCGACCUUAUACAAACAUUCCGUAUACUGCGCGGCCACGACUGCUGUCUCGUACCUGCUGAUUUCUUUGAGUUAAUGACCACAACGAACCUCCGAGUUCAUCCACUUGAGCUACGCGUAACUGGCGCCAAGCUGGACAUUCGGAAGUUCUUCUUUCCAAACAGAGUGAUCGAGGCCUGGAAUGCUCUGCCUACAGAUGUCGUCAUGUCCACCUCCGUCGAGGCUUUUAAGCGCAAGUUGGACCAGUUUACCACAAAACGUCACAAUGCCACCUGACCGACAACGUCUAGCAUUUCGUUCGCACAGUUUGUUAAUGUUGUUAUAUUACUGCCUGUAUUUCAGUAACCUUUGUUUUUUAUUAUUGUCCAAUGUCUGUUGAAUGUGUGUUGGCAUCUAAUUCGUCUCCCUCCGAAACUGAGAUAGCACCAACUAUCCAUAGACAGACUACUGUACAGCACACUUAGUAACGUUAAUGUUUUUAACUCUUGGAACAAUUCGUUUAUCCGUCAGGCUCGAAAACUUUGCCAAUCUGAAGACACUCUGUAGCUGUUUGAUGUUUCCAUUUUAACCUUUUGAUAUAGUUCACUUCCUUGUAACAAAUAGGGAGUUCAAAGGUUCAACACCUAUAUUUCCCUCAAAUAAACUGAACUGAACUGAACCCUAACCCUAAUCCCUAACAGGUAUGACUACGAAAUAGGAUCUUGCCGAGAUCUCCCUCCAUAAGCUGCUUGUGAUAAUUGAUUUGACCAGCGUGUUGACGGACGUGCCCCCAUGUCUUGCUAAUCAGUCAACCACUUACAAUUUAUUUAUCUGCCGUUCGCAGAAGGAGUACUUAUUCCAAGUUUCUAUGUCCCUCCCGCUCCCCUCUCCCCUAAUCCCAAUUUGAAGAAUCCUGCCUCCCAGAAUGGCGAGUCAACUGUAACGGACACCGAAUUCGCUGGUGAGGAGGAGACCUCAACCGAGGCCGGUGCAUCCCCGCCCUCAUCCAACUCCUCCACAGAACUGGGCUUCAGCUUGGCGCGUUGUCUAGCCAGCCAGGCGCAUCUAACGCCCCUGGCACUUCACGUGAGCCCCGUCUACUGGGGCUGGGACCAGGCGCUGGCCCUCAACCCGCUGCCGAACCUGGUUGUGGCCGUGGAACCGAACGCUGUGGCCGACCUGAAUGUCCCCGCCGUCGCCGCCGCCUGCAGCGCCACGGACCGGAAGGCCAAGGCCGCCCUGCUCGGCGGCUGUCUCUUCUCCAAUCCGGGCCGUUUCGGCAGCGUGCAGACCUCAUCCGUCGCUGGUUCGCUGGCUACUCAGGAGGGUGACGAACAGGCGGAGGGGGAGGAGGUGGAGGGAGAGGUGGCGUCUGCAAUAGCGGCUGACCAGGUGCGACUGGAGUACACCUUCAAGGUUUACUAUCCGAGCAGUCAGACACUGGAGGACAGUAGAUUACCCUCCUGA